AGAUAGAUAGAAUAGUCUCUCUCGGCUCUGGCCAUUUCGAUGCAGCUCAAAAUGCGAAGGCGCUUUCUUUCUUCUCUCGCCGCUUCCGCCGGCAAUAGUAAAACCCUAAAUCACCGGAGGUGGACUGUGAAGCAGGUCACAAAAUCCAACUUCAAAUCCUCUCUUGAUGAGUUUCGCACUUCCAUCAACUCAUCCGACUUCGUAGCUAUCUCCCUACUGAACACCGGCUCCUACGCCGCCGCCUGGCACCGUGUCUCCGCCAUUGAUACGCCGCAGACGAGUUACUUGAAGGCUAAAUACGCCGCCGAACGCUACCAGAUAUUCCAGUUUGCUCUCUGCCCUUUCUCCCUUCACGCCUCCAACCUCACCGUUCACCCAUAUAACUUCUAUUUGUUUCCUCGAGAUGAGUUGAAAUUAGGGAUGCCUUCUUAUAGCUUCUCUUGUCAAGCUUCUCGUUUAACAUCCAUGGCUAGAGAAGGGUUUGAUUUCAACACCUGUAUCUAUGAAGGAAUCUCAUACUUGUCCAGAGAACAAGAAUCUGCGUCCAAGUUUCUCUCAGGGAAUCCGAUAUUACCUGAUCCCAUCACUGCACCUUCUUCUCCAUCCACCGUAGCUGAUACCGUCUUUGUUGGAAGGAUAAGGUCACGCGUCAAGAAUUGGAGACAGUCUUGUUUAGACUCCAGCUCAAAGACAGGAGAUGAUGAUGAUUUGGUGAGCUCUCUGAGGAAACUUGUGCUGGGGAGUGAGCAGUAUGGUUCAAGGCUAUGCUUAACUAUUGAUGUCUGCAGUGAGCGUCAAGUGCAACUCAUCUUAGAGAUGUUGACCGAGUUCUCUGAUGAUGUUGUCCCUCUACUCACCGCUUCUAAGAGCAGAGGAACACAAGCUGUUCGUACUGUCUUCAUGAGUUCUAAGGAAGACAAGGAUCUAUUUAAGAGAGAGCUUCAAGAUCUUGAAGAUGAAGAGAACAGGCGAGUUCGUGGCUUCCGAGAAGUGGUUGAUUUGAUUUCUUCUUCACAGAAACCUGUUGUUACACAGAAUUAUCUUAGCGAUUUCACUUCCAUCCAUGCCAAAUUCUUGGGUCCUCUGCCUUCUAAUGUUGAUGGCUUCACCCGUUCACUGAGCUCAGCUUUUCCCAAUGUUGUGAAUCUCAGUCAACUCAUGAAAGAAAUUUGUCCCUUAAGUAAUAUAAGCAAUCUACCUGCAGCUUUGUCCUCCUUGAAUCGGUUCUUUGCUCCUGUGGAUGUGGAAGUAGCAAAUCAUGGAUGUGCGGUUAACCCAGACGAAGGCAAUCAGAUGCAUGGGCAGAAUGUUGUGAUGAUUUCUCAGCUUUUUGCUAAACUAAGUACCAUACAGAAAUCGUAUCAAUCCCCUGCUCAAUCAAAUGAAGAUCUUCAAGAUUUGGAUUUUGAAGAACAUGCAAAUUCAAUCACCUCAAACGAUGAAAAUGUCAAAGUCUGGUCAAAGAACAGCAGGAGAGUGAGCUCUGAGAACUUGGUGUUCGUAUGGGGAUUGUCGAAAAAGAUGACAGCUGCAAUGCUGAAGAAAGUUCUGGAAAAGUCGUCACACGCUGUUUUUGCGCAAGAGUUCGAUGUAAAAUACAUAGACAGGAGCUGUGCGGUUGUGGUGUUUUGGGAGUCAGGUUCCUCGGAGACUUUCCUCAGGGAGGUUAACAAUGAAGAGCAGCUUGUUGGUUGUUUAAGAGAGAUGGUCGCAGAAGGGCUAAGAGUAGCAGGUUAUGAGACUUACAGGAGAGCGUGUAGAUUAGGUUUCUGGGAAGCCGACUUGGCAGAAGCUCUAGACAAAACAUUGGAAUCUUCAGAAACUGAUCUUGAUUCAGACAACAAACCAUCAGAUAUUAUUUGGUCGAGUGAGUUAGCUAUCAAUUUUGAUGAGCUAUGAAUAGUUUUGGUAUUCACAAAACCAAUGUGUAAUGGAUUCUUCGCCCAUGUGGUUGAUGAUUUAAUUCUUUGAAACUUCUUUCUCA